UGGCUAGAGGGCAGGGCCGAGGCAGCAUGGGCAGUGGCCUCUAGUGACCAGUCCUAUCAUGGGAAACAGCAGUUCCCACAAGAGGACCAAAGCACCUAAUCAGGCCAGCAAGGACAGGCCACCUGACAUGGACAAGGCCCGUCACAAGCAGUUCUUCAGCCACCUCAAGCGGAAGAAGCCAAGUGUGAAGGCUCCUGACCCUGCCCGAAGGGGUGAGAACCCCCGCAUCAAGGCCGGGAAAACCAAGAUCGUGUUGCUUUUCCCGCUGGACAAGCGGCAGCAGCUGGCCGAGGGAGCAGCGGGCCCAUUUGUGCGGCCCGUGCGGCCAGCUGAGGACCCGCUCGGUGCCCCGACGUGCUUCCCAGCGGUGGCGCCUAUGCUGCGCGGGGCAGGCGACGGCGUGGACAGGCGCGAAGGCGCGCGCGCGCGGGAGAUGAAAAGGAUCCUGGUGCUGCUGCUGCAGCUGGACGCGCGGCUGCAGGAAGAGGGGCGUCGAGUGUCAGGCAGGCCAGGGGGAGGGGCCAAGGCCCCCCAGUGCUGGCAGCCGCUGUAUGCGCACCUGCUGACCCAACGCGAGGCCUGCGGCGAAGGCGAUCCCCGCGAGGAGCAGCCGCGCAAGCGGCGCCGCUGUCCUCGCCCGCGGCCUUGAGUAUCUGGCACGACCCCUAGCGCCAGGACUCUGCUCAAUAAAGAGCACAUAGCAAGCCCGGCGUCUGCUACUUCUGUCCCUGCCGUCGGUCCCGGGAUCAAAA